CUAGUUGUGUGCGCGGAACGAGAGCGUCGUGCGGUUGGGCGAAAUGAGCGAGACGCCGGUGACGUUCAACCAGCUGCUCAUCGCGAUGGUGCGGGAGCGGCCGCCGCUGUGGGAUGUGAGGAACCCCGCCUACAGAGACAAGACCAUCAAGAACAAGCUCUGGGCAGAGAUCGGGGGCAUCAUGCAGAAGAACGAAUGGUGUUCCAGUGAAGACGAUUUGAGAGCAAAAUGGAAACACCUGAGAGAUCGAUACACGAAGUGUGUCAAGGAUGACAACGGGUCUAAUCAGCACGUGAUUGGCAAAAAAGCGCCUUGGCCUUUGUUGCCUUACUUGGACUUUCUGAGAGACUCCGUCACUCAUCGGUCCGCCCGACGCGGCGGACGCGAAGUGGAAGCGCAGGCGGCAGCAGAGGAGCAGGAGGAGAAGAAGAAAAAGAAGAAGAAGAAGGCGGAGGAUAAAUGGGAAGCAAAGGCUUGGGAGGAAGAGGCCGCAGAGGAAGAGAAGGCGGAGGUGAAGUGGGAAGCAGAGGCCGCGGAGAAGAAAAAGAUGGCGGAGGAGAAGUGCAGAGGCAACAGAGAAGAAGGAGGAAGUGAAGUGGGAAGCAGAGGAGGAGGAGAAGAGGUAAAGUGGGAAGCAGAGGUCGCGGAGGAGUAG